AUGGGCAAAAAGAAAUUCAGUGCCAGGAGAAAGCAGGAUGUCCAGUACAUCACGGACAACACUGAAACGAAGAAGAUCAAGGUGGACUUUGGGAAAGACACAGCAAAUGGUCAGGAAUAUGAUGAAAGCAAUGCCUUGGUUAUUCCAUCGAAGAAGCGGCAGACAAAGGCUCAAUUCCACGAGAAGAAAAUCACGAGGAUUCUCUCGAAGAAACAGAGGAAGAACCUGGAGAAAAUCGUGGAUAAGAAGCUGAAGAAGGAAAAUAGAUCUACGCUUUUGGAGAACUUAUCGAGUGUUCAACUUCCUGCAGAAGAAAUCAAGCAGUUGGUAUCUAUUACUGCGGUUCAGACAAGUGGUCUUAGGAAAUUCUCUUCAGACGUGGAUAGGGGUCCAGUACAGGAAGAGGGAAAGGCGCAUGGGAAGCUUAGCAGUAUCGCAGGAAGUAGGAAAAGAAAGGUAAUUGAAGUGGCUGAAGAGGAGGAGUCUGAGGAUAAAUCUGGUAAAGAUGAAGAUUCAAAGAAGCCACGGGGAGUUGAGGAAGGUUUCUACUCCUCCUCCGAUGGGCAAAGUGAUCCAGAAGAGGUAGAAGAAAAAGAAGAAAUUAGGCCUAAAAAGGAAAUACUGAAUGUUUCCAAGAAUUUAAGCUUCACAGUUGAGGAUCUUGGGGACGAUGUGAGACUUCCGGAGAAUGGAAUACCAUCCACAGUGAAUCCCUUCAAAGUUACAGAUUUGGUCAAGGAAGAGCCGAAAAAGCAGAUGCCAUCGAAGCCUGCGGUGUAUAUUCAUCUGGAGAGAGAUCCAGAGAUUCAAGCAGCAAGGCUGAAGCUCCCAAUUCUCGGGGAGGAGCAGGUGGUAAUGGAAGCAAUCAGUGAGAAUGAUGUAGUGAUCCUGGCUGGAGAAACUGGCAGCGGGAAGACCACACAAGUUCCGCAGUUUCUCUACGAAGCCGGAUAUGCCGAAGGGAAACUGAUUGGGAUCACAGAACCUCGCCGUGUGGCUGCAAUCUCAAUGUCCAAGCGUGUAGCUCAGGAAAUGAACUUGAGUCAGGAUGUUGUGUCCUAUCUAAUUCGCUUCGAGGGUAAUACAACGGCGCAGACAAAAGUGAAGUUCAUGACGGAUGGAGUUCUCCUGAAAGAGAUGGAGCGGGAUUUUGAGCUCAGCAAGUAUUCGGUGAUUAUUCUUGAUGAGGCUCAUGAGAGAAGUGUCUACACAGAUAUCCUCCUGGGAUUGCUCUCUAGAGUGGUUCCGCUGAGGAAGAAGAAGGGCAAUUCCCUGAAACUUAUCAUAAUGUCAGCUACUCUGAGAGUUGCAGACUUCACAGAAAACAAAAAGCUCUUCCGGACACCGCCUCCUGUGGUAAAGGUCGAAGCCAGACAGUUUCCAGUGACGGUUCACUUCAACAAAGUCACAGAAAGCGACUAUGUCCGGGAAGCCUUCCGGAAAGCCGUUAAAAUCCAUUCAAAAUUGCCAGAUGGAGGUAUCCUGAUCUUUCUCACGGGUCAGCAGGAAGUCCAUUAUCUCGUAAAGAAACUCAGAGCAAAAUUUCCCUUCAACGACCAGAAACAAGACCAGAAACCGCCAGCUCUUCCGGAAACCAAAACAGAAGAGCAGAAAGAAGAUUCUGAGGAUGAAUUUGACAUGGAGACAGCCAUCAGAAAAAUGAAAAAGGCCAGAAAGAAAUUUGCCAGAGAACUCUGCCUGCCAAAAAUCGAUCUAGACACUUACAAACUUCCCGGAGACGACACAGAAGCAGAUUUAAAUGACACUGAAGCACUGGAAGAGGACUUUUCCGAAGAUGAAGCAGAUCCCUUGGAGGAAGAAGCUCUGGAGAUUGCUACAAAACAGCCUCUUUGGGUCCUUCCACUCUACUCCCUCCUGUCCUCAGCGAAGCAAGAAAGGGUCUUCCAGCCACCGCCAGAAGGAGCUAGGCUCUGCAUUGUGGCCACAAAUGUCGCAGAAACUUCCCUGACCAUCCCUAACAUUAAGUACGUCAUAGAUUCCGGAAGACAAAAAACCCGGCUAUACGAUCCCGUGACAGGAGUUGAGGCAUUUGUAGUGAAGUUUACUAGCAAAGCAUCAGCCAAUCAGCGUAGCGGAAGAGCUGGAAGAAUGGGUCCUGGACACUGCUAUAGGCUCUAUUCUAGCGCUGUCUACAAUGAUGAAUUCCCGGAUUUCUCCAUUCCGGACAUCCUAAAGCGUCCAGUUGAUGAUAUUGUGCUGCAGAUGAAGUGCAUGGGAAUCACCAAAGUCAUCAAUUUUCCAUUCCCCUCGCCACCGGAUCAUGAUCAGCUUGAGAUGGCGGAGAAACGACUGAAAAUCCUCGGAGCUCUGGAAGAAUCAUCAGAGGGACUGAAAGUUAGCAAGCUUGGAGAGACAAUUUCACUCUUUCCUAUUGCUCCGCGCUUUGGAAAGAUGCUAGCGCUGAGCAAUCAGCACAAUCUCAUGCCCUACACCAUCUGCAUUGUUGCAGGACUGAGUGUGCAGCAGGUUCUCCUGGAGAACACCCAAGAUUCACAAAAUACAGACAAAUGGGCGAAAAAACGAAAAUCCUGGGCAAAUUCCGGAAACUUUCUCAGCUUGGGCGAUCCGAUGGUUUUACUAAGAGCCACAGGAGGCGCUGAAUAUGCAGGAUCACAGCACAAAUUGCCAGAAUUUUGUCAAAAAAAUGGACUGCGCCUCAAGGGUAUCACAGAAAUCAGGAAACUAAGAGUCCAACUGACAAAUCAACUCAAUCUCAACAUUCCCAAUGUUGAAGCUUCUGUGGAUCCCAAACUAGAACCUCCCACGGAUGAUCAAGCCAGAUUACUGAGACAAAUCCUGCUGGCAGGAAUGGGAGAUCGUGUAGCUCGCCGCGUUCCCCUGGAUGACAUCUCAGAUCCUAAAGAACGAUCCAAACUCAAAAGGGCCUACAACACUCCAGAAAUGGUUGAGCCUGUCUUUCUCAAUUCAUCUUCCGUCCUGGCCAAGGAAUUGCCCGAAUGGGUGAUUUAUCAGGAAGUCUAUGAAGUCAGUCUGCCACAGUCGAAAAUGUUCAUCAGAGGCAUCACGGAAAUUGAGCCUCAUUGGCUGCCAACCUACGUUCCUGCCAUGUGCAAUUUCCAGGAGAUUGCAGAUGAGAAGCCAAGGUACAACGGGAAAACCGGAAGUGUCGUGAGGAAGAUGAAGGUGACUUUCGGGAGGGCAGCGUGGGAACUGCCCGAUGCAGAGGUUAACAUGCCAUUUGCAGCUGAAACUUGCAAAUAUUUCGGAAUGUACCUGCUUUCUGGAGAAGUUUUUCCAUCUCUGUCGAAACACGUCCCUCAUCUCCUUUCAACUCCUGCUUCCCUGAUAAAGUCCUAUAGCAAAAUCAUCCCACGGGUUUCAUCGCUAAUCACAGCUCUUGUUAAUCGACAGAUCACAUCCAAAUCUAAAUUAAUUAGCGUUUGGAAGGAGGAUCCCAAUUAUCUACUAACUGAAUACCAGCAGUGGCUUCCGAGUAAGUUCUCAGGAGAAAUUGCAAGUAAUUGGCCUCCGUCAGAAUAAAAAGAAAGAUGCAGUAUGGCAAUAGAACUUUAUUAAGUGGUAUAAAACAGAUCAAAGGAUAUAAAACAGAAAUGACCAUCAAGACCCCCGAAAAAAAACGAUUGAAUUUUGAAAAUUUGAA